GUUACUAAUCAUGAAUUCCAGGUGAUGUAAACCCCGUUUUAAUUUUUCCAUUUUGUCCUCUCGUAUCCAUUUAGAUCCAGACAAAAAAAACCGAGGCAUGGAUCAUACGCUUAAAAUCUUCAACUCCGAUGUCGUCAUCGUGAAGUCCCACACAUUCCUAUACAGUGGCAAUUUCGUCAAUUCGCUAAAAUUGCUUGCUCCAUCCUUCCCUUCCACUUGCACAAAAAAGCCAUCCACCUCCGCGUCAACAGCACGACGAGGAUCCGGCGGCCGCCAUUUACAAGCUUCAUACUCCGCCGAUCUAAACCCCAGCUACUCCUCCAACAUGGCACCUCCUACUUCAGAUGGUCUCAUUGACAGUCGCAUCGCCAGAAUCACAUCCGCCAUUCGUGUCAUCCCGGACUUUCCGAAGCCAGGGAUUUUGUUCCAGGAUAUAACGACGUUGUUGCUUGAUCCGGUGGCGUUUAAGGACACGAUCGAUCUGUUUGUCGAGAGGUAUAAAGACAAGGACAUCUCGGUUGUUGCUGGUGUUGAAGCAAGAGGUUUCAUAUUUGGUCCUCCAAUUGCAUUGGCCAUUGGUGCAAAAUUUGUCCCAAUGAGAAAACCAAACAAAUUACCUGGAGCGGUUAUAUCAGAGGAGUAUUCAUUGGAGUAUGGUACAGACAAAAUUGAGAUGCAUGUUGGAGCUGUACAAGAAGGAGAACGAGCUCUUGUAAUUGAUGAUUUAAUUGCAACUGGAGGAACCUUGUGUGCUGCCAUCAGUCUACUUGAGCGGGUUGGAGUCAAAGUCGUUGAGUGCGCAUGCGUCAUUGAAUUGCCUGAAUUGAAGGGUCGGGAGAGAUUAGGAGACAAGCCACUGUAUGUGCUCGUGAGUUGAAUUUGAUCUUUGAUUAUUUACUAAAAGCUUUGAUUGACCAGAGUACUGGUGCUAUGAUCCUAAGACUCAUGGGGAAUUUAAUAUGAUUUUAUCAAUGAGAGUUGUUUUGGUUGAUGAAACUUAAAUAAAAUGUUGAUUUAGGCUUUUGAUUGUUAAAACAGUUGGACUUAUAAUUUAUAUGCGGUAUGUUUUUUUUUUUUUGACACAUCUAUCUGUCUGAAAAGAACCAUUACAAUGUCUUUUGAACCAAUAAAGAUGAGAUGUAAAAAUCUGAAUUGGUUCAAUGGAUCGUUGGUUUAAGGUACUCUUAUGAAUUUAUAAGAGAGAUGACUAUGGAAAAAAAGAGCAGGGAAUUUAGAUCAUUUCUGAAUGAAUUAAAU